UGUCUUUCUCUCUCUCUCAAUCUCUCUUUCUCUCCGUCCUUUUAAAGAACGAAGACGAUGAUGAUGGAAAUCUGCAGAAAUCUGCAUGCGUUUCUGGGGCGAUCUGAAGAGGCCAAGCGCGCUGGUCUUGGUGGAGACGAUGAUGCCGGUGAAGGCGGAGGAGGUGGCGGUGGUGGCGACUGUGGCCCCAUGCCUCUUCCUGGCCAAGUACACCACCGAACCAAAGACGGGUUCCCGGCGUCUUCGGGCCUGACCGUCCUCGCCCAGGAGGUGCACAAGCCGCGAAACGUGCUUGAAUCCUGCGCCCUCAAGCCGCCGGCUCUGCCCUCCCCGAUGAGCUCAGCCACCUCCCGGAUGAGCUCAGCCCCCUCCCGGCUGGCGCUCGCCGCGAGGGUCUGCCACGACGAGGAGGGAUCGGGGAGGCACAACUGCACCGAGGGGUUGGGCUUCGAGAGCUCCGACGAAUCGGAGGUGGCUUCCGGGGACGGGAGUAGCGAGGUGGUGGACGUGAGUGGGCAGGCGUAUCUGGAGAAGAGGACGAGGCGGAAGAUGAUGUCGAGGAUGAGGUGCCGGGCGGAGCUGCCGCCGCCACUGCCGUGGCUGAACGGGGAAGGGCGGCCCAGGUUCUUCCUCCGGCAGGAGCGGCGGGACGGGCGGAUGCUGCUGACGGAGAUGAGGGCAGGGCCGCGCCGGGAGAUUUUCGUGGCCGAACGCCGGGACGGGCGGCUCAUGCUGCAUCUGGUGGGAAAGCCACUGCCCCGAAAAGAGAAGGAAGAAUUUAUAAAACAAGAGGAAAAUGUUGAGCAGCUGGAGGGAGGAGAGAAGGAGGAGAAGGGAGGAGAGGGCGGCGGAGCUGGGAACGUAGAAGUGGUGAUGGGCGGUCAGAAGGAGGAGCGCCGCCUGUUGGGGAUGGUGAGCGGUGGCUCGUGGCGGUGCUGCGACGAAGGGAGGGGUGAGCUUGAGGAUUUCUGGAACCAUCAGUACGUCAUGUCUACGUAGAUGGUUGUCGAUUUGUAAUUAGAAUUUGUUGGGGGAUGAUCGAUUGUCCUUUUCUUUCUUUUUUUCCCUGUGAAAUUGUUUCCUUUUCGUCGAGCGGAGUUCGAACAGGGUUGGCGUUGGUUUAGCUUUUUCUUCUCCUUGUAAGUUUUUCCGAAAAAGAAAAAGGGAAAAAGUUAGGAGAAAAGAGGUGGAGGCGGUGGGCAAGGGAUAUCAGAUGAAAAGUGUUGAAAAAAAGUGAAGGUGAAGGAGGUGGCCAGGGAAUCAAUGGAAAAGCAAAAUUAGGAAAUGGUAUAUUCUGGCAA